AUGUUUGGCAAUUUUAAAUGUAAUCGACAUGACUGGAGUGAGGAACACAUACGAAAAUUACCUCGACGUCGUUUUGCAAGUUGCGAUUUUGAGAAUUUAUGUUUAACCAAUCAGGGAGAAUGGCUUCUUUUUCAUUCGAAGGAUCUUCUCGAUGGAAAUAACAAGGAAAGUGCUUUGAAUGAAUUAAAUUCGAUGCCUUUUACGUAUGCUCAGGGUCGUGAGGAGACGGAGAGAGGAUUAUUUCGUGUGAAAUUGGUCGAUGCGAAUUUAGUAUUGAUUCGAAACGAGAGGGGUCAUGUCGUUAAUGUCACCACUACGACCAGUUUGAUUUCGAAAGCGAACACGAAGGAGGUAUUAACAUCAACAACAACAACGAACUUGACUCGUGUCGAAUUGGAUCCCAAUUUUCGUUAUUUGGAAAAACCAGUUUAUGCUUUAAAACGAUACGCUGCUGGUAAUAUGGGUCACUUUUUAUUCGAGAAUAUCAUGAUGUCCUUGUUGGACAAUCACAUCUUGUAUUUGGAUGAUGUUUUUGACAAGUCACCUCAUAAUGACAUUGCCUUGUAUGGUUAUGACGGAAAUUUGGCUACAAAUAUUUCACUCAAAGUUGGAACAAUGAUUUCAAAGAAUGACGUGUUACAAGUGUGUUCAAAGAAAGGCAUUCAUUCGAUUGAAAAUUUACCUUGCUUGAAUGACGCUCCAAAUGAAAGUAUUAAUACCCAAUCAUCCGCCGAGAAUUCACAAGAACCAACAACGAAAUAUGUGCUCAAUACUUGUUUUUCACAUUUUCUAGUCGGAAAAAUUUCGAAUUUCUUUGUUGAGUUGUAUGGACGUGAAAGCGCAAUGGUCAUGUUGAGACAUUUGGCAUAUUCAGGAUUGAAAUUAUCUCCUCUUCCCAACGAAGAAGACAUUCCGUCGGAAUUGAUACAUUAUCUCAAAAGAAAGAACAUCAAGAUUGGUAUUCACUCAAAAUCGAAAGCAUCUCGACAUGGACGUAUUAUUUGGAAUGUUGAUGACAUUGUGGAUUAUUUGCGACAAAAUGUCACUGAGGAUUUGAAAGCGCUAUUUCCUAAAAAGAAAAUUAGUAUUGACGUAUUCGAAAUGGGCCAAAUGGAUGUGCAUGAUCAAAUACGGUUAAUUUCUGAUCUUGACAUUUACAUUACUGAUCAAGGAAGUAGCGCGUAUUAUGCAAUGUUUAUGAGACAAGAUACAACAGUCUUGAUCGCACCAGAAUGUGCAGUUGUUGACAAGAAACAAAAAUGUUGGACUGGACUUGGACAUGCGAAAUUAAUGGCUCUUCCACACCUUCGGGCAGUGGAUUAUUUAGACUUGCACAAAGGUGAGCCGCCAAUGUCGUGCAAUAUGAGACCCACUCAUAAUCAGGAUAAUUGUGAUCCUAUUUUGCGACCUGAUCUUGUUGGCUCAGUUGUUGUGUCAGCCAUCAAGAGAAGAUAUUUGAAGUUAAUUGCGUUUGGUUUGGAGCGGUAA